UUGCACAAAACUUUAGAUUUUAGUAUUCACCUACAGAUACAUGGAAUAGGUUUCAAGUUUAAAAUUUUUACUAAAUAAAAAAAUAAUUAUAAAUUUUAAAAUAAUUUAAUAAAAAUGUUUUAUUCCUAUUUAAAACUAAUUGUAUUAACCCUUUUUGUUGCAAAUUUGAAGGGUGUGCAAAGUAAAGAGUGCUACAGUUGUGAGGGCAUUAAUUGUUUAAGGACCUCAAAAAUUGCGAAUAAGGCAACUUGUGUAGAUCCUGUGGAUAAUUGUGUAACCGUUUUUGAAGGAUUAACUGUAGUGGCCAGAGGUUGCUAUUCAAUAUUGCCUGAAGAAUAUCGCAAUAAAUGUGAUAAUUUAUCUGAUUCCGAGUGUCAUAAAUGCUAUAAGAAUCUAUGCAAUGAUCGAGGAGCCAUAUCGUGUCUUCAAUGUUCUUCAUCCAAUAAUAAAGAAUGUUCUAGUGCCGCUACAAAUCUGGAAACAACUCGUUGUCCUAUCUCAACUAGCCCCAAUAGUUACUGUUAUACGCGCCAAUCAUCGGGUAAUAUCGAACGUGGUUGCUUAGUUGAUUCAAAUGAACAAUUGAAAUGCCUUGCGGACAACUCAUGCGAUAUGUGUAUACCGGACGGUGAAAUGGCCUGUAAUCGGGAAUCAGUUGAUCAUGCAGAAUCGGGUAGUAAACGUUUAACAAUUUAUAGUGUUUUAAUAUUGUUAACAUGGUUUGUUUUGAUCUUGUUGUAAAAAUAAUAAUCGAUUUAGAUUUAUUUGCUAAAAUUUUGGAAAGAGAAUAAAAAUUUGAUGAUUUUCUAUUGGCACUUUAAUAAAAAUGUAAUUUUAAA